AUGAAAGACGAGAAUAGAGUUAAGAACCCUGGUCUGUUUGAAGUUCUAUUUGAGCAAUUCAAGAUCUCUUACUACUUUCUCACCUGGGAAGUAUGUAUUGACCACGAAACGCCCAAAUUCAAAGAUCCAGACUUUAGUCCGCAAGGUCUUUGCAAUUACCAUCGAACAUACGAUAGUAUGCAAAGCCACCUAAGCGGAAAGUCUAUCUAUACGGAAGACCAAUAUAACUACUACUCCAAGGUAGACUCAUCUGAGCCGCAAAGCAUCGCCAGCAAUGCUGUUUCAAUUCUCCACGUAUUGACUCCUCCAAGUUCCUCCAUUAAUUAUCUGUCAGAUUCAAAGAUUCCGCAAAAAGAAAAAUCCAACGACAUUGGCUAG